UAUUCUGUCUGCGCAUCCCGAUCGAUAAUCGUAUAAAUAAUAUAAUUGCUAGCUGAUAAUAGUAACAUCCAAAUCAAUAAGAAAUGAAACGUUCAAAGUUUCACCAACCUCGUCGAUAACCACCGGGUCGCAAACAUGUCUCUGAACUGUAACUUUGACGAGAUUAUUGAAGCCUCGAAAGAUCCCAGCGUCUUAAUAAUCGACGUAAGAGAACCUCAGGAAAUUGAAGAAACGGGCAAAAUACCGGGGGCGAUAAAUAUACCCAUGGAUUCGGUAAGCACCGCAUUGAGCGACGAAACUCCGUCCGAGAGCUUUCUGGCAACUUACGGUGCAGCGAAGCCAAAUAAAAAUUCGCUAUUAAUAUUUUCCUGCAGAAGCGGAAGACGUAGCGCUAUAUCUCAACGGGAGGCAAUUAAUUUUGGAUAUACGAACGUAAGGAAUUAUCAAGGCGGAUGGUUGGAUUGGUCAGCACGCGUGCAAGCCGCAAAUACGCACCAGGUCGGCUAAAUUGUGAUCCAAUAGAAAAUAAGUAUGUAAUCCCUUGGCAGCUUCUUCGUUGUGUUUUUUAA